CCAUGCUAAUUUGGUUAACAUGGCAGCACAUGACCGGGUUGCCCCCAGUUAUUAUUCCUUUGGUUUGCCUGAGCUCCAAGAGGUAACUGGACAGAUAAUCGUCAACCACAAGAGAGUAAAGCAUAAGAACUUGUCCUUGAACCCAACACCCUAUCAUUACUCUUCAACCUACAUUCGAACUACACCACAGGCGCCACAAAUACAUUAUUUAAAGGUAUGGCAGGGGUAUGGAGGGAAUAUUUAUUUUGAGCCUCUAAGGGUUUUUAAAGUGGGGUUUCACCUCCCUCCAGAGAGACUUGCUAAAUCAACUGUGAAAAAAAGUGAUGAAAAGUCAGCCAGAAGAAAUGGAUUUCAGGAGAUACCAUCUUCAAGUUCUUCAAGCAAAUUUCCUCGUCUUCUUGGUUCAGUAAGACAACUUUCCAUCAUCUCGGAGAGAAAACCAUUUCUUUCAGCAGGCAAGCCCAAACUGUCCGAUGACUUCACCUGGAUCACCAGCAACACCUAUAGCAGUAGAAGAGCAGCCUUCUGAAGAUGUCUCAGAGUUUAACUAGAAUCAGCUGCUCCCUUAUCAUGCCCCAUCCCUGUGCCAGUAUUUGAAUAACAUGUUCGCAACAUAAUCUUACUUAAAAAAAAAAAAAAAAAAGUUUAUGGAUACAGUCUUCUCAACUUAUGUUAGUUAAUUCACAAUGACGUUUUAUUACAGACACUUUGUUAUAAGUGUUCUUAACAUUGUUUACAUGAAAGUUCAUCUGAAAACUGAUUGAAAUGUAUUUUCAUAUAUAUUUUUAAAAAUAAUAAUACGAUAAUAACAGCAAAAAACAAACAAACAACAGUAUCAAUAAAUGUUUCAUUAAUGUUUACCUGCUUCAUUGUUUUACUGUAUUUUGCUUCCCAUUGUGUUUUGGUGCUACUACACAGAUACUUCAGAUAUUAAUCUAUAGCCCAAAUAUACUAUCAUGUUGUGAAUUCGUGCUGGCAAGGGAUUCUGGGUCAUCCCUUAAUGAGUCUAUAAAUAUACGUCUUCAACCUAAUUAUCUAUAUAAGCUUGGUUUAUGUGAGUUGGUAAACAACCUUCGAGACUCGAAACACAAUCUUAACACAUCGCUUAUUGCAUCUCUGCGUCUGUUCUCUCAGUGCAGUUCAGUACCAAGGACAGAGAAAGAGCGCGAUGGGACAGUCGCAGUAUCACACUUCACGCAUGGAAGAAGAGGUCGAUGUAGCUGACCUACAGGAAAUGUACAAAAAGUUUGUGGUAGAAUGUCCAAGCGGGGCGUUGUUUUUGCACGAGUUUAAACAUUUUUUUGGAAUCGAUGCGAGCGGGGAAGCGGCUGACUAUGCGGAAAGCAUGUUCAGAGCGUUUGAUAAAAAUGGGGAUAACACCAUCGAUUUUUUGGAAUAUGUAGCCGCAUUGAAUCUCGUAUUGAGAGGGAAACUUGAACAUAAACUGAGAUGGUCGUUCAAAGUCUAUGAUAAAGAUGGCAAUGGAUGCGUGGACAAGGCAGAACUACUGGAAAUAAUCGAGGCUAUUUAUAACCUGAAAAAGGACACCAGCCGCUAUCCGGAAGCCCAGCUCCUUACACCAGAAGAAGUCUGCGAAAGAAUUUUCCAGCUGGUGGAUGCAAAUGGAGAUGGAACACUUUCACUUGAUGAAUUCGUCAAAGGGGCACAGAAAGACAAGUGGGUGAUGAAGAUGCUGCAGUUGGACAUGCAUCCCUGUGGCUGGGUUAUUGAACAACGAAGAAAGAGUGCAAUGUUCUGAUGCCUAAAUCAAGGACACAUGCAGUUAGAUUUCUUGUUUUCAAAAGACUUACAAAAGCAUGUGGGUAUUUUCUUACAUAAGAAAUGACUGGAGAAACUUUACAUAACAAACAAUUUUAUAUCUGUCCAAUGACUUCUUUGUAAUGCUAUCUGAGGGGAAAAUGUUUUAAAAGGAGAUGCAUAAUUUGAUAGACAAAUAAUCAAUAACUUGCACAUCAUGAUCUAUAGUGUUAGAGCGACAUCUCUAGAUAAAGAUAGGUUAUAGGACCUGCUGUUGCAUUUAUCCUAACCUCUAACCUGCUUUUGCAUUUGUCCUGACCUCUACUUGUUUGGGCUAAUAAUGGGUAUAUCUCUUCUAAAUUUGAUGAAACUCACAUAUGGUGACUUUACAUUUCACAGUAAAUGCAGAAGAUUUGUUCAAAGGUAUACAAUGGCUCAGGACUCAUUUUAAAAUUCUAUCCCACACACUGAAGAUACGCACACAAAUCACUUUUUCUAAUGCACUAAUUCAGUGUUUGGUUAGGGGUAUCUAUUUUACCCUGAAUAGUUAUCUGAAUAGUUCCAUUUAAAGGUUUAUUUAUUUUUUUGCUUAUUAACAUGUUUGUCCAAAUAUUUUAUAUAUAAAUAAAGUCUGUUUGCUUUU